AUGGGUUUGAGAGAAGCAGCGAGUUGCUUUGUCAUCUUCCUUCUUUCUGUGUCAGUGGUGCAGGGUGCAGAUGGCUGGAGAGUGAGGUGCACUCCUACUCAGAUCUGUGCUGUAAAAGGAUCGAAGGUGCAAAUACGCUGCUCCUACUGGCACCCAUCCAGAAUAGAUGACCUUGAUGUUGCAGUGGAGCAAACGUACUGGUUUACUAAAGGGCAGGAUAGUGAACCUGUGGAUCUGAGAGCAGCCUCUGAGUACACAGGGCGUGUGCAGUAUCACUGUGGAUACAAGGCCUGCACUCUGACCAUCACAGACCUGAGAGAGAGCGACUCGGAUGUGUACCAGUUCAGGUUCAUAACAAACCAACCUACUGGGAGUUUUACUGGUUCACCUGGAGUCUCCUUGUCUGUCACAGGUGUCCAGGUGAUCAGCACAGAAUCAUCAGGUUGCAGGACAGAGGACUGUUCAUGGUCACGUGUGGAGUGUCAAACCAGUUGUUCUCCAACUCCCAGUCCGUCCUACAUCUGGUACAAGAACGAACAAAAGACACUGGGAGAAAAAUCUUAUAGUGCCUACUUUUAUUCAGCAGACAGCAUUUCCUGUGCUGUGAGAGGCCACGAGGAUUUCCCCUCUGCUCCAGUGUAUCCAGAUGUUCAGGUGAUCUGGUCUCCGAUUGGUCCAACACUGACUUGUCACAGCAGCUGUCUUCUCUCUGGUCGUCCCUCCUUUGUCUGGUACAAGAAUGGAACAGAAAUUCACGGGGAAACGUUUCCAACUUUCAGGGGAUUCCUUCAACCUGAAAACAGCUAUUCCUGUGCUUAUGAGCUUCACCACUCGUCCCCUGUGUGUGAGUUUACAUCUUACAUUUUCACUUCCACUUUUCCCUUCAGAUUUUGCAUGUAUUCAGUGAGUCCCUCUGGUGAGAUCAUGGAGGGCAGCUCGGUGACUCUGACCUGCAGCAGUGAUGCUAACCCAGCAGCUAAAUACACCUGGUCCAAGGAGGACGAGGACUCACCAAAAGCAUCAGGACAAAUCUUCACCAUC